AUGACUGCGGCCAAUGGUGAGCAAAAGACACCGGUGGUGUUGCGGGACACGCUGUUUAUGUGGGAUAUUGUGGCGUCCUUCAGUGCUCCCCAGACGGUGUGUGUGCUGGAGCGCCUUUGCCGCGACGUUCAUGAAACCUUGGCAUUUAGCUCCACCGGUACCCGUCUCCUGCAGCGCUACUGGAACGCGCAGUAUCAUAAACUUAUUUGGGAGGAGAGUCACAUUGACCCCACACGGCUGACGCUCGAUUUUGCCCUCACCCGGAGCGAGGGACGGCGGAGUUGGAAGAAGAUGUACCGAGAGGAGUACCCACUGUACGUGGCGCGGACCCUUCUGGGGAAGGGGGCCAACAACAACGCCCUCAACAUGGCGAAGGUGUGUUUUAAGGUGGACCAUAUGAACGAACUCCUGUCGGGAGAAGAGCUCGCAAAGCUGGAGCUCACCCCGCAGGAGGCGCUGGCGCGUCGGGUAGAGAGGAACCUGGUGAGCCUGGAGGGCGAGGAGGUUCGUAAUGCUCCCCCGCUUAACGACGGCAACGGCAAUGGCGCGCCACAACAAAACGAUGCCGCGGCGCAGAAGGGCUCACCGCACCAUUCAACGAAUAAGAAGGGCAGGCGAAAAGGAGUUCGCGCUGAACGGCACGAGGCGAGGAAGGGCCCCGCGUUGGGGCUUUCGCGUGACGACUACAACAACGACAGGCGCCUCAGCAAACACAGAGAGAAGCACAAGAAGGGCAGGGUGGGGCGUUGGAGCGCCUUUGCUGGCGGCGAGGGGGAAGACGAUUAG